CAUCGUUUCAUUCAAAUCCCGAACGUUGCGCAUUGAACACUGAGCUCGCGAUUGAGGAAGAAAGUAAAAGCGUGUGACCAAAAACAAAGAUAAACGUAAUCAGCCAUGAACAAUCUACGGCUCUGCCUGUGCCUCUGUGUGGGCCUUGCUGCUGCAGCCAGUGCCGCCCCCGUCAUCAGUCACAUCACCAAGGAUGUGGUCGCCAGCGUCGGGGACAGCGUCGAGUUCAACUGCACGGUGGAGCAGGUGGGCCAACUCUCUGUGAGCUGGGCCAAGUCGGACACCAACUCCAUGCUCUCCAUGCGGAAUAUGCUCAGUCUUCCCGAUCAGCGGUACAAUGUGUCCGUUACCGAGGAUCCCAAGGCUGGCAAUGCCAUCUAUACAUUCCGGAUAAAGCAGAUCGAGGUGAACGACAUGGGUGCGUACGAGUGCCAGGUGCUGGUCUCCACCUCGGAGAAGAUCACCAAGAAGCUGAAUCUGCAGAUCAAAACUCCCCCCGUGAUUUCGGAGAGUACACCCAAGACCACGCUGGUCACCGAGGGACAGCAUCUGGAGCUGACGUGUCAUGCCAAUGGUUUCCCAAGGCCCACCAUCUCCUGGGCCCGCGAGAACAAUGCCAUAAUGCCAGCGGGAGGGCAUCUUCUGGCCGAGCCCACUCUCCGCAUCAAGUCCGUGCACCGCAUGGAUCGCGGUGGGUACUACUGCAUCGCACAGAAUGGAGAGGGUCAGCCCGAUCGCCGCCUGAUUCGUGUGGAGGUCGAGUUCCGGCCACAGAUAGCCGUGCAGCGUCCCAAGAUCGCUCAGAUGCUCUCGCACACCGCGGAACUGGAGUGCUCCGUUCAGGGUUAUCCCGCACCGACGGUCGUCUGGCAUCGGAAUGGCGUCCAACUACAGUCGAGCCGCCAGCACGAGGUGGCCAACACGGCCUCAUCCUUUGAGACGACGACAUCGGUCCUGCGCAUUGAGAGCGUGUCCGAGGAGGACUUUGGGGACUACUACUGUAAUGCCACCAACAAGCUGGGUCACGCCGACGCCCGGCUCCACCUCUUCCAGACCGUCAUCCCAGUGCCCUCCCUGUCGUAGGGGCCCAACGCCGCCUGACGCUGCCAUUCCCACGCAUAUAAGACUUGAACUUUGACUUUAAUGAACUUUUUUCGGCAAUUCUGUGUCUGUGCGGAUCGCUCCGGAUGCGGUCUCUGUUUAUAUUAUUAAUGAUUCAUUCAAUUAGCUCUCAUUCAGAUUCAUAUAUAUUUUUUUGGAUACACAUGAAAUCUUUCGACUGUUUGUGCCUUAAGAAUUUUUGCAUGUACAACAAAUACAAUGCCAUAAACAUACAUAUAGUAUAAGUA